CUUGCUUGGGGCAGAGAGAUAGAUUUGGGGCCAAGUUUGGUUUUAAAAAGUCCUUUUGAGGAAAAAUAUAUUUUUCUGCCCUUUUUAAUAUUUCCUUCUGGGCUAACUUUCAUCAAUACUUUCUAUGCUGUCUCCUAAUUCCGGGUCAACCCAAAGUCAGAGUAGAGCAAAUAUGUGUUUUCCAUCUAAAAUAAGAGACCAUCAAUUUAGAUACCCAGUCAACAUGUUCAUUAGUUUAGCUGUUUUUCUUUCUAAGCCGGCAAAAUACGGAAGACAGUGACCAUCAAUUAAGCUACUACUUGUAGCUGGAUGUUCUGCACAAAAGCAAUUUUUUUUUCACUUAUUCUUAUUCAGAGGUGGCGCUGUCUCUAAAAUAGAACGCUUCGGUGACAUACAGUCAUAAUUUCCCAUUCAUAACUCUAGGUGCUCCAUUGUUGAUUGGUUAUUUGGUCUCUAAAACGGAUAAAUACUAACCUAUUUGAUACAACACUGUCUUCGGAAUAAACUAUCUUUUCAAGCAAGAUAAUUAAAGGAAAAGUUAGUGGAUUUGCUAGCUGUGCGUUAUUUUAAAAAAUUAAUCCAAACUACAUUGCUUUGUCACAACAUAAUUCCUUGACCCUUUUUAAAUAAACUAUUAUUACAGUACUUUUCUCCUUCAAUUUCUCAAAGAGAAAUGGAACAUUCCGGUCCGCCCCUCCCUUUAUUCGUCGCCAUCUUGACGCCUCCUUUGCGCAGGAGUCGAUGGCACAGCUUGUUCCGCGGUGGAACAAACCACGGAGAGGGAGGCAUGAGGGGAAGCAGCCCCCAGGACCCUCUCUCUGCUAUGGCCUCAAACUGUACUGGAGGCACAGCGGCUGCAAGCGCUGGCUCAGCUAUAGGUGCUGCUCUCAGUGCUUCCAAGACCAAGACAAAGAAGAAGCAUUUCGUCUGCCAGAAAGUGAAACUGUUUCGAGCCUCUGAACCUCUCCUGAGUGUCCUUAUGUGGGGAGUCAACCACACGAUUAAUGAGUUGAGUAAUGUCCCUGUCCCUGUUAUGUUAAUGCCAGAUGACUUUAAAGCCUACAGCAAGAUUAAAGUGGACAAUCAUCUUUUCAAUAAGUGAGUAAUAAACAUUUUUAUUAAAUUAUACUCCCCCCAUUCCCCAUUUAACUUCAGUAUCUGAAUAGAUGGCUUGUUAUGAAUAUAUAAUGACAUGAAUCAAAAUGUUGACAUGAAAGAAAAACAACUAGUAUGUUUCCCCGAAAAUAAAAGCCAACCAGAAAAUAAGCCCUAGCCUGAUUUUUAAUAUAAGCCCUGCCCCCAAAAUAAGCCCCAGUUAAAAUCAUCAUCAGCCCAGGGGAGUGUGGCCAGCACAGAGGGUGGUGAAUGUGCAGGGGCUGAUGGUGUUUGGCAGCAGCUGAAGCCCAUACAGCAGAGAUGAUCCCAAGCUCUAAGACCACUGGGCCGGCCCUCCAAACAGGCACGCGGGGGAAGGAGGCAGGUAAUCCCGAGGCACGGGAGUACCAGCAGCAGACAGAGGCAUGGGGGCGGCAGAUGAUCCCAACACGCUGCGCUGCUGCCUGUCUCCUCGUGGCCAAGGGCAAACAGAACUAGUGGAAUGGAGUGGGCAGGCGGACGUGGGAGGCACGUUCUCGCACGGCAGCAUCAGCCGCCUACUCACUCUGUCCCACCAUCUCUUGGCUUACCCAUGACUCAUCCAGAUCAUGUGCCUCCCCCUGCGCCUCUCCCUCCGCCUGCUGUUGAUGCUGCCGCACAAGGAUGUGGCCUACUGCUUGGACAGAUAAUCAACUCACCUGUGUUGUGCAGGCUGCACUGCCCCAGAGUGCACCAACCACGGAGCCAGUGGGCUGCAGCUGGACACUAUCAGUUCCCCCAGCCUUCUGGGCGCAUGCCAGGGUGGGGUGCCCGGUUGGGCUGAUCAUCCUGUUACCAUGUUUUCCUGAAAAUAAGCCCUAAUGCCUCUUUUGGAGCCAAAAAAAAUGAUGAGGCAGGUCUUAUUUUCAGGUAAACAUCGUGUUAUAAAAGAGUAACUUGAACUCAGCACAAUUCACUUGUCUGAGUGUGCUCUAUGUUCAGCCAUGAAUGGAUAUGAUUGGGGACCACAAUUCAUUUUCUGAUAAAAGCAGAACAUAGAGGGUAAAAUCCUUUCUGUACCAAAUGUUUAGGCUACUCAAGUAUUACUGUAUUUGAUGGACUAGCAUAUUUAAAGAGUUUCUCUUUCUCUUUAUGCCUCCCUAUUUUUUAGAUCUGUUCUGUGUAUCAUGUUUGAUACAGUGUAGUAGAAAUCAAAAAAAUGAUAGGUUACAAUGCUUUGCAGAGGGAGAAAGUUAUCAAUGCUUUUCUCCGAUGCAUCACUCUGUACUUUAGUAGCCAUAUUAACUAUUCAUUGUGGCUUUUAAAGCUAGCUGAUAACUUUUUUAUCUACUGCUGUUUUUAUGAUGCCUUUUGGAAUUUAAAUUCUUUUUUAGUUGUAUAUCUAUGUCCUAAUCCAUUUUUUUAUUUUAAAAUGCUUGUUGAAAAAUUAGAUUUUACAUCUGGACAAACCUUGGGAUUUGAAUGUAGAAUAGAAAGCAAACUGAUUCCAGUGUUAGAAAUGUUAGGCUGAGAGAGCUGAGUUUGACAGAUACACAAUCAUGCUGGUCCUCGACAGCAGACUUGAAUUCAGAGAAGGAUUGAAAUAUACAAACUAGGGGUGAAGGUGGCAUCAUUGACUCCUCCCUAAUAUGCUUUAAAGGAGACUUAAUCUCAAGUACAACAUGUUAACCUGCAGUGAGAUUACAAUUGCCAGGCAAUCUAGAUCAACUUUUAAUAAUUAAAAGUUUGUUCAUUUUUUCAUUAAUGCCAUUAGUAUAAUUUGAAUAAUAAUAUGUAUAAUUGGACAACAAUUUUUUAUGGCUCAAGAAUAUUUUGUAGAUAUAAGAGAACUUCUUUUCUUCUUCAUUUAGCCUAUCAUCAUUUUAGCCAUUGUGUAUUCACUACAGGAUGAAAUCUUCUUCCACCUGUUUCCAACCAAUACAGUCCUGAGCUUCCUUUUGCCAAUUGGGCCUGUAACACUUGCUAAUGUUGUUGAUCCAUUUUGUUUUAGGUGUCUUUCGUGGAUGCUUUUUAUCAAGUGGGAUCCAUUCUAUGAUUGCCUUUGUCUACCAUCAGUUCUUGUUGUGUGACCAGCCCAUUUCCAUUUCAAUUCUUUUACUCUCUUGAUGAUAUCGUAUACUUUCAUUUGUUCUCUAAUCUAUGUGCAGGUCUUUCUAUUUUGUCUUGUAAUUCUG